ACAAUGACUUUGAGUAGCGUUCGUCAGUUCGAGUAACCGCAAAUCCUUUAUCCUGCAUGGAUUAAGGAAUGGGUUUAAAACUGCUUUCAUAUCGUGUCUCUGCAAAAAGUAGAACAUACUAGCUACCAAAAACAUAAUGCACUAGCGUCAUUAUGUAAUAUUUAACCAUGUUUUAUCCUCUUCAUGAUAAUGUAAUGGGCCUGUACAACCAGUACGCGGCGAACGUAACACGAUUGCAGUUGUGCGUGCGGUCGUGAGAUGGGGUCUGUGUGAAAGAAAAAUCGCCUCCCGGUUUUCAGACUACAAAUUUAAGGCAACAUGCAAAGUGAUAUCUCGCAUUAACCACCUACAAGUUUUCCAUUGAAGAUCCUAAGCAUGAGUCUUUGUUUACCCGAUAGAUUGAGGAGAGAUUACUAUGGCAGUGUACUGCAUGGAAAGAUGUCUCAAAAAGAAGACAAUGAAGCUGAAAAGUGCCUUCACCGCACUGAGCUGUACAUUGAGGUCCCUUCAACGUGUAUGCCCAUAGUUUACUCUCCAGAUUACAACAUCACCUUUAUGGGUCUUGAAAAACUCCAUCCCUUUGAUGCUGGCAAGUGGGGAAAAGUCAUUCACUUUUUGAAAGAGGAGCAGUUCAUUACUGAGGGGAACCUAGUAAAGGCCCGUGAAGCUACUGAUGAAGACCUGCUCGUAGUUCACACCAAACAAUAUCUCAGAAAACUAAAGUGGUCACUAGUAGUGGCAACCAUCACAGAGAUCCCUCCACUCCUGUUCCUGCCUAAUUUCCUGGUGCAAAGGAAGGUGCUGAGACCUCUGCGGACACAGACCGGAGGGACAAUAAUGGCAGGAAAGCUGGCCAUCGACCGAGGAUGGGCAAUAAACGUAGGCGGGGGCUUCCAUCACUGCUCCAGUGACAAGGGAGGGGGCUUCUGUGCCUACGCAGACGUCACACUUGCGAUAAAGUUUCUGUUUGAGAGAGUGGAGGGUAUUUCCAUGGCCACUAUCAUCGAUCUGGAUGCUCAUCAGGGAAAUGGACAUGAGAGGGACUUCCUGGAAGACAGACGGGUUUUCAUCAUGGACGUCUAUAAUCGCUACAUCUAUCCUGGAGAUGGCUAUGCCAAGAGGGCCAUUAAGAGGAAGGUGGAGCUGGACUGGGGGACAGAGGACUCUGAGUACCUCCAAAAGGUGGAGCUCCACUCUGAGGGGGCCCUCAAUGAGGUGCGGCCGGAUAUCAUCAUCUACAAUGCUGGGACAGACAUCCUGGAUGGUGACCCCCUCGGAGGUCUGGCCAUUUCUCCACAGGGGAUAGUAAAGAGGGAUGAGAUUGUUUUCAGGGCAGCUAGGAGACGGGGCAUUCCCAUUCUCAUGGUGACGUCAGGGGGAUACCAGAAGAAGACGGCCCGCAUAAUUGCUGACUCCAUACUCAACCUGCAACGCCAGGGCCUCAUAGGGGAUGACCAGGGGACGGGGUUGGAAGAGGGGAUAGGGCCGCUAAGUUUUACCCACAUGUCUGCUGGGUCAGUACUCAAUGCCAUCUGAAUGCGUCUGAUUCUGGUUUACAUCUGUGACUGCAGUAGUUUCAUUGUAUAGAUAGACUUACUUGAUGUGCAGAUACAAAGGAGAAGAGUGUUGGGCUACCAUAUCAGGCUGGGACAGUACAUUGUAAUGUUGGUACUAAACCUGUUAAUAUUUCACUACAGUGGGAUUCAUUGGAUGAGGGGGUUUACACAUUGCCUGUUGCACAUGCAGAACAACAACAGAAAUAAUUUUAGUGGAUGGUCUUUCAAUUUUGUAUGAGUUGGCAAAGGGAUUCAAAGGGAAUAAUGACUUCUGUACAGAUAUCUAGACUUUUUCACAAUAUUGACAGUUCAUAAAUAUUUCAUAACGAGAGAAUAAUUAGUUUUUGAUUCAUUUCAAUGAAAGUCAACAUUCCAGAAAGUAAUUACUUUGUACGCCAUGAAAUCAGAUUACCAGAACAGUAAUGAAAGAUUUCAUAUUGUAAUCCUCUGUAUCCCAAGAUUUAUACCAGUAUACUUGGUUUAUUUUCUUUAGUUCAUUAUUUUCUUACCUGAUUCAAGUCAGUCUAAAAGCAACGUAAUUACACGAGUGAGUGGAAAUACAAGGGAUGACUAAUGUUUCUGUCUUUAAUCACUGAUUUUGUGUUUCUAAUGACAAUGGUGUUUGAUUAAUGAACCAUAGAUACCUUUGCACUUAACAGUUUACUAGUGUCUCUACUGUAGCUGUGCUUGUUGUGUUUCAUAUGAGCCUUCCCUCUUUGGUAUGACAAGGUAAUAGCAUAAGACUAAGACCUUUCCAAUGGGACCUGAAACGAAAUACAAUUGUUGUUCUUGUUCUUUGUUUUUAUUCUUCUCAUAAAAAUGUCAUAUUGUGAAAAAAAGACAGAUUGUAAUGUUUCUGUUAUCUUGAGAUGAAAAUGGUGAUGAACAAGCCUGUGCCUUCUCCAUUCUGUGAAUUUUGUACCAUUAAUGCAAACUUUAAUUUGUAUUUUACUGUUUGCCAUGUUCACUCAUGGUUGUGAGCAGAUGUCCCUGGAGUUGUAUAAAUGAUAGGGGCUUGACUGAUUUAUCCACAGGUUGAAUAAUUGAGCACCUGGAACUAUUUUCCAGAGUGAGCACUUCACAGAGAGGCAGAGAUUCUCCAUGCACUGUCGAGCCCUGAGAUAACACUGUCUGGUCGGCUCUUCUGUUUCUUCAACUCUGUUGAGGUCAAGUCAAGUACAUUUUAAUGUGUUAACUACACAAAAGAAACAUGCCUUGAUUACAAAGUAAAGGUACUAGCACAGAUUCAGGGUUAGCUCAAUUGAAAAUGUCAUUUUACCCAUUACAUAUUUUUGCUCUUGCUCUGUUGCUUCCACACACACAGUGACUGCACCAAUCCUUCACAAACGGAGUGAAAUCACAAGCCCAUUUAGAUCUUCCUCUUGAGUACCAGGUGCUUGAGUUGAGUGUGAGAAGUGUUCAUGAAGGUUUUCCAAAGGAGACAAAUGUUAAUGUUGAGGGUUCAAAAAGGAAAUUAUUGACCAAUUGUGGUAAUGCUGGUACUAUGGUUUGAGAGUUGUAUGAUGACA